AUGACCACGGACUUGAAUCAAAACCCCUACCUAGUGCGGGCGCAACAGCUGCUUUGUAGGGUACCACUUAUUGAUGGACACAACGACUUCCCCUUUAUAAUCCGCGGGCUUUAUCAGAACAAUCUCACAAGAGCAAGCCUGAAUGACUUGCCCAUUGGGCAAACCGACAUCUCCAGGCUACGUCAGGGCUCCGUGGGAGGGCAGUUCUGGAGCGCUUAUGUACCCAACCCGGUGCAUUCAGAUAAGGAGUCUGAUGAAGCCUACCUAGAAUGCCUGCGUCAAACCCUGCAGCAAAUCGACGUAAUCCACCGCAUGGUGAGCGAACACCCCGAUGUAUUUGGUCUGGCGCAGAGCGCCGCCGACGUCUGGAAAAUAUUCCGUGCAGGCCGCAUUGCUAGCCUCAUUGGAAUCGAAGGUCUCCACCAGAUCGCACACAGUCCGAGUGCCCUACGGAUGAUGCACAAGCUAGGAGUGCGGUAUGCAACACUGUGUCAUACAAAAAACAAUCGAUACUGUGAUUCGGCGGUGGACAGACACACCAGUUCACCAUGGUCUGAGUACGGGGGGCAAACGCAUGAUCCGGGAGAUGAACCGUCUAGGAAUGUAAGAACUGGCUUCCAUUCCCUUACGCUCAAGUAUCUCACGGCUGUCCAUGGCAGGAUCGUUGACCUCUCCCACACAAGCGAAGCAACGCAGAGAGAUGCAAUUGCAAUCUCCAAGGCACCCGUGAUAUUCUCCCACUCCGCGUCCUCUUCGCUAACACCAUCCCCCCGAAACGUCACCGACGAGAUCCUACACCAAUUGAAGCGCAACGGCGGGCUGAUCAUGGUCUGCUUCCUACGAGACCUCGUCAAUUCCGCAGACGACGCCAACACUACCGGCUCCCGCGUAGUUGAUCACAUCCUCUACAUUGCGGAAACCAUAGGGUACGACCAUGUGGGAAUAGGGUCCGACUUCGACGGCAUGCUGGAGGGCCCCCUGGGCCUGGACGAUGUUUCCCGGUUCCCGGAGCUUGUGGCGGACCUGUUCCGGCGCGGAGUGAGCGAGGAGCGGAUCGAGAAAAUUGUUGGUCUAAACACGCUUCGAGUCAUGAAGCAAGUGGAGGAUGUCGCGGUCCGGGAGCAGGCAGAGGGGUCUACCGGGGUGCUGUGUGAUGUGGUCAAACCAAUCUGGACGGCAGAACAGCGCCAGAUGCUGGCCGAGCAGGGAAGAACGCGCGGUCUCCGGCCGUGA